AUGAAGAGGAUUGUGGACUGUGAUCUCCAGCCUCCUGAGUUUAUCCUAAACCCUAGCUGUUUCUGUAGUAUUUUGCCUUUGAGUAACUGUCCCCAGCUCCAGUGCUGCAGGCACAUUGUUCCGGGGCCUCUGUGGUGCUCCGAUGCCCCUCACCCACUGUCGAAGAUCCCCGGUGGGCGAGGGGGCAGCAGGGAUCCUUCUCUCUCAGCUCUAAUAUAUAAGGACGAGAAGCUCACUGUGACCCAGGACCUCCCUGUGAACGAUGGAAAACCUCACAUCGUCCACUUCCAGUAUGAGGUCACUGAGGUGAAAGUCUCUUCCUGGGAUGCAGUCCUGUCCAGCCAGAGCCUGUUUGUAGAAAUCCCAGAUGGAUUAUUAGCUGAUGGGAGCAAAGAAGGAUUGUUAGCACUGCUAGAGUUUGCUGAAGAGAAGAUGAAAGUGAACUACGUCUUCAUCUGCUUCAGGAAGGGCCGGGAAGACAGAGCUCCACUCCUGAAGACCUUCAGCUUCUUGGGCUUUGAGAUUGUGCGUCCAGGCCAUCCCUGUGUUCCCUCUCGGCCAGAUGUGAUGUUCAUGGUUUACCCCCUGGACCAGAACUUGUCCGAUGAGGACUAAUGGUCAUAGAGGAUGCUUUGCCCAAGAGCCACAGUGGGGGGGAGAGGGGAAGUUAGGCAGCCCUGGGACAGAGGAGGGGGCUCCUUGCUGUCUAGGGAAGGACGCUGAGGGGCUCAGGGUGAGGGUUGCCUUUUGUGUUCUUGGAGUUGACUCGUUGAAAUUGUUUUCCAUAAAGAACAGUAUAAACCUAUUAUUCACAUGUAAUCACCAAUAGUAAAUGAAGAUGUUUAUGAACUGGCAUUAGACGCUUUUUAAACUG